UAGCUGAGACUGGAAGAGUUUGGUUUGUGUUGUCAACAUAUCAAGAAGACGCUGUUUUCUGCGCUGUGAAAGCAAAUCCACUUUGCUGCACUUCCAAAGGAUGAAGACUCGGGCUGAAAUUGAUACGACCCCUUCUAGCGUGGACAUAUGAAAUCACACACACACACACACACCUCAGCGAGGAGACGGGAUCAGAGAUGGUUUUAGGGAGGGGAUUACAUCUCCAGACUUACUGGUGCCAGGAGUUAAUGGGUUCACUCAAGGCCGAUUGAGACGUCUUCAUUACCACACUUGUGAAAACUGAAGGGGUGGAGAUCAGGACAGGGGAGGAUGUUUCCUUUGAUCCGGGCCGAGUGAAUUGUAAAUGAGCUGGGAUUAGCCCUAUAAAUACUUGAGCCCCAUGCUGGAGGUGUUGAUCAGUGAACCCAAAGCCACGCUUAUCAGAACACAAACACAGACCUGACUCGCUCAGUCACGGGACUCCACUUCUGGAAACAAGAACAACUGCAUUACCUUGUUUUAUACCGGAUAUUUGUCUUUCUUUGCUGGAUUUGGACACGUUCUCUGAGAUGAAGGGGCAUUUUUCCAUCGAGUGGCUUUCUCAAAGCAGCCAGGCCUUGUGUAGCUCGGCUUCCACACAUCCCUCCAACUCUUGGGACUCUCCCGGCCGGGACAGCCCGAGCACCUCCGGCACAGCCUCCGAGAGCCUUCCAGGCUUCUACAGCAGAUGGAGACCGGAAAACACGGAGGUUCAGGAGAAACGUAUGGAGCCAGCGCAGCCGGGAAACAGUUUGCUGUGUACAUCUACACAAGAGACCGAGUCAAAUGACAACAAUAUCAUCCAGCAACACACUCACGCAUCAGAACCAGGUUUCAGCAGCAGCACAGAGGAGGAGGAGACGUCAGGAUACGAGAGCGAGGGUGGGCGUUCUCUCUCACCUGGGGCCCUCAAAGAACCGGCUCCAUCUGCAUCGCCCUCUACUGGCCGCAGACCCCGAACGGCUUUCACCGCUGAGCAGAUCAACAGUCUGGAGAAAGCCUUCAAGAGAAACGCUUAUCUGGGAGCCCAGGACAAAGCUGAGCUCUGCAAAAGACUAAAUCUGUCUGAUAAACAGAUCAGAAACUGGUUCCAGAACCGACGCAUGAAGCUGAAACGGACCGUUCAGGACAGCCUCGCUCACGCCUGCCAGGCCAAGGUGGCCUCGCAUUUGAUGCAUUACUCCGACCUGCACAGUUUCCGUACCGCUCCGUAUCCAAGCUUCUACCCGGGGGUCCAGGAGAGCCCGGCACCUUACGGCUCCGGAUUCCACUACGGUCCUGCCACGGCCGGAAGCCUGCCGAGCCUGCCUGUGGAGGCCCUGUAUCAGUACAGCACCCUACAGAGUCUUCCCGUCCAUCCCAGCAACGCUUCCAUGAUGACGCCGUACCCGCCGUACCACUCUCACUUCUACAGCACACAGUGAGAGGAGAGACCGCCAACAAAACUUCAUUUCUGCCUGUUAGUCAAGGCGUUGCGUCUUAGGCUUUGUUUACAUCUUUACUUUUGUGAAUACAGGGUGAAGUGCAAUAACAAAUGUGAUCUUUUUUUAUUGUUUUGAUGAAUUAUUUAAAUAUGUUUUGUAAAUCUUGAAAAAGUUCUAUUUCGUUCAUGUCUAUGUGUACAAAAGGAGUGUAUAAAUAAAUGAUUCUCUAUUUGACUACA